AUAGACACGCAGCAGAAGGUGAAGCUGGCCGACAUCCAGAUCGAGCAGCUGAGCAAGACGAAGAAGCACGCCCACCUCACCGACACGGAGGUGAUGAUGCUGGUGGACGAGACCCGCAUGUACGAGGGCGUGGGAAGGAUGUUUAUUCUUCAAUCUAAAGGAGUGAUUCAUAAUCAGCUCUUAGAAAAACAGAGAAUAGCUGAAGAGAAAAUUAAAGAAUUAGAG